AUGCCUCAAAAAGUUGAAUUUGAAUUAAACCAGCCACCUUCAGAUGGAAUUACAAGAGUAUCUUUCAGUCCUGUGGCUAACUCGUCACAGCUGCUCGUAUCUUCAUGGGACAACAGUGUGGGCCUCUACAACAUCUCACAGAACAAUCUACAACACAAGUACACGCACCAGUAUGCCGUGCUCGACUGCUGCUUCUAUGAUCCCUCAAAAUCGUUUAGUGGAGGACUUGAUCGAACAUUGAAAAUGUACGAUUUCGCGUCUCAGACCGAGAGUGUUAUAGGCUCUCAUCUUGAUGCCAUACGCUGCGUUCAAUUCUGUCAAGAGCUUGGCCUUGUGAUUACUGGCUCCUGGGACAAAACCGUUAAGCUUUGGGACCCACGAACAAAUCACAAUGUUGGUAUGUACGAUCAAAACGGAGAAUCGGUGUACACUAUGUCUCUGUGUGGAGAUCGAAUCGUCGUGGGAACGUCGAACCGGAGAGUGCUUAUCUGGGAUUUGAAGAACAUGCAAUUUGCUGAGCAGCGAAGAGCUUCUAGUCUCAAAUACCAAACCCGUUGCAUCCAGUGUUUCCCCAACAUGCAAGGGUAUGUGUUGAGCUCUAUCGAAGGCAGAGUGGCGGUGGAGUACUUGGAUACCGACCCUGAAAUACAGAAGAAAAAGUACGCCUUCAAAUGCCAUCGUCUCAAGCAAAACAGCGUUGAGAAUAUCUAUCCUGUCAAUGCAAUCGCCUUUCAUGGAGCCCACAAUACUUUUGCCACUGGAGGUUCAGAUGGUUUCGUGAAUAUUUGGGAUCCCUUUAACAAGAAGCGACUUUGUCAGUUUCAUCGCUAUCCUGCUGAUAUCUCGUCUCUGGCUUUCAACAAAGAGGGCGGUAUGAUUGCCAUUGCUUCUUCUCCUGUGCAGUGCGUGGAGGGUGAAGAGAAACAGAAGGAUGCAGUCUACAUUAGGUACAUCACAGACUCUGAAACACAGCCAAAGUAGAACUAACUAACUUUUCACAGUGUUAUAACACUUUUUCUGUCUUUACAUGUACCUCUCUAAAUUGAUUGUUAACUCUAAUUGAUUUAUAGUGUUAAA